CGACGGUGCCAACUGUAACAUUGCUGUCGGAGACAAAAGAGAGAGAAAGAGACAACAACCUCCCUCUUUCCUCUCCCCGAACACGGCGAACAGCCAAGACUCGCCACUCCCGGCGGAAGCUUUCUCUCUCAUUCCAGUCUCUCCACCACUCAAGCCACCAUUAUUCCCCCUCUCGAGCUAACAUCCCCAUUAUUUUAAUCCCAACCCCAGUUGACAAAACCCCCCUAAAUUAGCAAAUUAUAAACUUUUUGGCCAGUAAAAUCACGCAUAUUGAUCGCGUUAAAGUCAUCACCUUCAAUCCUCAUCGUCACACUGAGCCUGAACUAGAGAGGGAGAGAGAGAGAGAGAGAGAGAGCUUGUGCGAGGCUGUCCACCCCGACACGGCACCUCCCAAAAUGCACGCCAAGACGGAUUCCGAGGUCACUAGCAUUGCCCCUUCGUCGCCCACUCGAUCCCCGCGCCGGCCCGCCUACUAUGUCCAGAGCCCGUCCCGCGAUUCCCACGACGGCGAGAAGACCGCGACGUCGUUCCACUCCACGCCGGCGCUCAGCCCCACUGCGUCCCCGCCCCACUCCCACUCCUCCGUCGGCCGCCAUUCCCGCCAGUCUUCGUCUAGCCGGUUCUCCGGGUCGCUGAAGCCCGGAUCCCGCAAGAUCUCCCCCAACGAAGGCUCCCGGCGGCGGCAGGAAGGGGGCGGCCACAAGCAGUGGAAGGAUUGCGCCGUCAUCGAGGAGGAGGGGCUCCUCGACGACGAGGACCUCCAGCGGGGCCUGCCUCGCCGGUGCUACUUCCUCGCCUUCAUCAUCGGCUUCUUCGUGCUCUUCUCCUUCUUCUCUCUCAUUCUCUGGGGGGCCAGCAAGAAUCAGAAGCCCAAGAUCACCAUGAGGAGCAUUACCUUCGAGCAACUGAAGAUCCAAGCCGGGUCGGACAGCACCGGCGUGGCGACGGACAUGAUCACCGUGAAUUCCACGGUCAAGUUCACUUACCGCAACACCGGCACGUUCUUUGGGGUCCACGUCACGGCGACGCCGGUCGACCUCACCUACUCUCAGCUCACAAUCGCCUCCGGAACCUUGAAGAAGUUCUAUCAGCAAAGGAAGAGCCAGAGACUGGCGUCGGUGUCGGUGAUCGGAGACCAGAUCCCGCUGUACGGAAGCGGAUCUGGACUGAGCACCUCGUCGGACAUGCCGACCGUGCCCGUGCCCCUCAGCCUGAGCUUCGUGCUCCGUUCCAGAGCUUACGUCCUGGGGAAACUAGUCAAGCCCAAGUUCUCCAAGAAGAUCGAUUGCUCGGUCACCUUCGAUUCCAAGAAGCUCAACGUGGCGAUCUCGCUGGCCAAAUCUUGCACAUACAGCUGAAAAAAAAAAAAAAGGUAGAAAAUUGCGAAGGAAGGUCGCUCCUUUUUAUUUUUUUUUUUUUUAUUUUUUUUUUAACUUCUUGAGGGGUUUAAUUACAGCUAAACGGGCAGGUCAAGGGUAGUUCGGGCAGGGAAUAGGAGACGCGGUUUCGGACUUUUUGGCUGCCCGGAGUGCCCCGAGAGUGGGGGAAAGACGCGAAUCGGUUCUGUGGGCCCGGGUGUGACCUGUGACUGGGGAGUGGUGGUUACUGUUCCUUUAUUAUUAUUUUUUUGUCUAUUCUUUUCUUCUAUAUAUGGCGAUGAUGAAUAAUUAUUUUUU